UUUUGUAAUGUUGCUAACCCUGUCUAUAGAUUUUUGCUAACAUUGGCAACUUUAUGAGGAACACAUGUAAUUUGUAAACAUUUUGUUGUUUGUGUACAUUUCAAUUUAGUUUUACGAAAGAUGGAAUCAUUUGCUACACAUCCGGAAUUUUGCCCAUCUUGUGGUACCAUAUUUCCUCACUUAGAUAAAAAAAAUGACAUCACUUGUUAUAAUUGUAAAAAAGUAUUUCCAGCUGAAAUAUUAGGAGAUCAAACUGUUGAGUACACCUUACAUUUUAAUUAUUAUGAUCCUGAAAUGUUGAGUAGAAAGAAAAAACAAAAAGAAGAAGAUGAACCUGAAGGUCCGAUUGUAGAGAGGAAGUGCUCUAAAUGUGGCUGUGAAACAAUGACCUACGCUACUCUUCAGCUGAGAUCAGCCGAUGAAGGACAAACAGUAUUUUAUACGUGUACAAAAUGCAAGUCCAAAGAAGUGGAAAACUCAUAAAACUCAUGGGUACUACUACUUAUAUAAAUGGCAAUACUGUUUUAACUGAGCACAAAAUAAUUGUGCUGCAACGUUAUUAGCCCCCAGCUGUUUAGUUAAUUCGAUUUUAAUUUCGCUCAGGUUUUUAAGGAAGCUUUGGUCUUAUUACAAUUUUUAUUAUUACGAAUAAAGUUGGAAAGCAAUUACUGGAAGCGUGCAUCUUUCAUGGCAUCAUAAAACUCGAAAUUUUCCAUUAUAUAUUAAAAGAUCUCUGUAAAGCAAUUAAAACUAACUAAAGAAAGUCGAAAAAGUAUGAAUUCAUUGAUAAUUGAGAUUAACUGCAGGUUUUACGAUGUUACAAUCCAAUCUAGCUUGCAAAUGUCGGCCCCAAUGCUCU